GCCCUGUGGCUUUUUUAGUUAAGAGGCACCAGCUUGCAAACGCACCAAGUGUGAUAACCUACGUGUCGUUUAAAAAAAUGCAAUUUUCUUCGGCAAUCGCGUCUCCGAAGCUGCUUCUGCAGCUCUUCAUCAGCACCAUCUACUGCAUUUUUGAGAGCGCCUUUUCAAAACUUCAUUACUGGACAACAGGAGCCUGCAAGGGGACAAAGUCGUUCGUUUCAGCUGCUGGCCAUAAACUGAACGAAAAUAACGAGGAAACUGCAACGAUUCCAACGAGCGUCAACUAUCACUUUACGCGCAAAUGUAAUUAUAAAUGUGGGUUUUGUUUCCACACUGCGAAAACAUCCUUCGUCCUGCCCCUGGAGGAAGCCAAAAGGGGCCUUAAGCUUCUAAAGGAAUCGGGCAUGGAAAAGAUCAACUUCUCUGGAGGCGAGCCCUUCCUGCAUGAGAGGGGAGAGUUUCUGGGGAAAUUGGUGCAAUACUGCAAGCAGGACCUCCAACUCCCAAGUGUCAGCAUUGUCAGCAAUGGAAGCAUGAUCAAAGAAAAAUGGUUCCAGAAAUAUGGUGUCUAUCUGGACAUUCUAGCUGUCUCUUGUGACAGCUUCGAUGAAGCGACCAACCAGCUGAUUGGCAGGACUCAAGGCAGGAAGAGCCACCUUGACAAUCUCUACAAGAUUUGCAACUGGUGCCAGGAGUAUAAAGUGGCAUUCAAAAUCAACUCAGUCAUCAACACCUUCAACACUGACGAAGACAUGACAGAGCACAUCAAUCAGCUUAACCCUGUCCGCUGGAAGGUGUUCCAGUGCCUGGUGAUUGAUGGGGAAAACGCAGGCGAGUCAGCCCUGAGAGAGGCGGAGAGGUUUGUCAUCAGUGACCAGCAGUUUCAGGAGUUUCUGGAUCGACACAGCAGCGUCUCCUGCCUUGUUCCCGAGUCUAAUGAGAAGAUGAGGAACUCCUACCUGAUCCUGGAUGAAUAUAUGCGUUUUCUGGACUGUCGAGAGGGACGGAAGGAUCCAUCCAAAUCAAUCCUUGAUGUUGGGGUGGAGCAGGCGAUUUGUUUCAGUGGCUUCGAUGAAAAAAUGUUUCUAAAGAGAGGAGGAAAAUAUGUGUGGAGCAAAGCUGAUAUGAAGCUGGAGUGGUAAAACCCUGAGCAUCUGACAUUGUGCAGCUCAUUUUUGGUUCUCCUUUGCACUGAUGUGCUGUACAGUGUGCACAUUUUGUAGUAGCUCUGUAAAUAUUUGGGAGUAUCCAGAUUUAUCUUGGCCGUUUUUUUUUAAAAAUUAGCUUUGCAAUGACAAUAAGUUAGGGAGGGGCGCGUGUGGGUGUGUGGGUGUGUGUGUGUGUGGGGGAAGGCUGAUAUAGAAGGUGACUCUGAAGUAUUGUUUUGAUAUAAAUAUAUUAUAUUGUAUAGUAUUCAUAUUGCACUGAUUAUGACUGUUGGAAAAGUAAUACAUAUUAAAAGUAUAAUUGUAUAAAAUAAUUUUAGAUUGAAGGACAACUUAGCACAGAAGUGUUAUGAUCAUUUAUUGUUUUUUUUAUGUGGUUGUAUUACAGAACACAAUAAAGUUAUUUUUUCCAUGAUAACUAUU